AUGCAACACGAAAACUCCAUCACUGAACCAUCCUCGGCGACUGUCAUCCCGGAAUCGCAAUUAUUUACAUUUAACAGUAACAGCAGUUCAAUGUCGAACGAUGGAAACAAGAACAAGCGGCGCAAGGGAAAUCCAUCUAAUGCGGACGAGUCUUCAGAGAAGAAGAAGACUAAAUCAUGGAGUAAAGAUAACGUUACCCCUGACAGCAAGUCAUCCAAGACAAUACUGUUGGAAUGGUUGCUUGAACCUGCACACCAUGUUUCGUGUAAGUUAAACGAAUGGAUCACCAACUUUAACAAAGCCAAUGACUUGAUUGGAGAGACCGGUGGCGGUAGACCUUAUGGUGAUGGGGCUAUUGACAAUGACGAGGAUGGAGCCGAUGAGGACAAGAGUGGUAUGUAG